AUGGGCGUCCUACUUUACAAACAAACACAUAGGUUGAACCUUGAGGGCUUAAAAGCCUACCUUUUUGGUCCGAAACCAGAUUUGUCUAGGGGAUCUUAUGAAAGGACCCUUAAUUAUAUAAGAGACUACAUGGGGCGCCCUUUGAUGACAACAACCAAUGAUUCCAAUCCAUGGUGGUCUGUUUUCAAGCAAGCUAUCACUGCAGUUGGAGGAAAACUUGCAAAGCCUGAAAUCUUGGUUUCAACCACAGAUGCACGAUACAUAAGACAGUUGGGAAUUCCUGCUCUUGGUUUCUCGCCAAUGACAAAUACUCCCAUUUUGCUGCAUGACCAUAAUGAGUUCUUGAAAGACACUGUAUAUUUGAAAGGAGUAGAGGUAUAUGAAUCCAUAAUCAGCUCUUUAAGUUCAUUUGAGGAAGCAUCACAUUAGGCGUGCCGGUGGUGAUUAAAGGGGAUGAUGAUGAUGAUCAUGCAUUAAGCUUGGCGUAGAGGCAAUGUUUUGCUGGUAUGAUUGGUGAUGCUAUUGUUGUUACUUGGUCUUUUGCCACACGGGGACUAUUUUUGAAUAAUGUUCCCCUCGAGGCAGCUUACAUGGGGAAUGCUCUGGGCUGGGGUUGCAGCUGAGAGGGUAAUAAUCUGUAUUAGUUUGUGGGAUCAAAAUCUAAGAUAAAAUGAAUGUUACCUUAGAAUUAGGUACAAGCGCAUGUGCAUAUGCAAGCAGACACUACUAUUCAAAGGAAAGUAUUGAGGUUAAUUGUA